AUGACAUCGCCUUCAGAAGAAGAUUUCAACAAAAAAGAUAUGGAGAAGGUAGAUGAGCUACCUGCUAUCAAUGAGAACGAUGAAGAUGUAGAGAGCCACAUUUACAACAUCGACUAUGAAGAUGUAGACAGCCACACUUACAACUACAUCGACCAUGAUGAAGUCCACAAAGAACCACAGGCCAGGGAACACCACAUCAGUGCCGGUACGCCCCAUGUGGCUGCUGAUAACAAAGUCACCAACCCACUCACCAACGCAAUGAACAAGCCUGGCGGUUUACAGCAAACUAAACACGGAGCUCCCCGCUGCAAAAACGGCUCCAGUCUUCUCGCCGGGACCUGCCUCAGGCUGUCUGUAACAAAACUAUCCUAUGAUGACGCCAAGGCGGCAUGCAAGAAAGAAGAAGCCACACUAGCCGUGCCGAAAACGAAAGAACUGGACGUCGCUCUGAGAGAUCUGGUCACAGGCAAAGGAGACAACUGCCAAUACUGGAUCGGCAUGCGUGACAAAGCGAAGUUUGUGCCAUGGCCGCUCGGGAGUUAUUGGAUCUGGACUUGGGAGGACGGGUCAUUAGUCGAAGGGUACAAGGCUUGGAAUCCAGGCCAGCCAAGUAACCCCCGAUUCCCGCGCUUAUGUGGCCAGUACUGGUCACGCCCCACCGGUUCCCCCAUGUGGGACGACGACGCUUGCUACAAGCCGAAGAGGUUCAUCUGUCAGCACUCUCCAGCCUAA